UCAAAGGACAUAUGACACUGAUUCAAGAAGGAAUACAAACAGUGGAGAAAACAAGCUAUUCUUCAAACAGAACAGUCAAAAAAUCCACUCCAGCUGUUCAGACUAUACAGAUGUGGGUGAAAAGAGAGAGAGAAAUAUCAGACGUGGAAAUGAAUGGAGAACAGGAUCAAAUCUGUGUAACGAAAAUGGGUAUAAAACUAAGCAGAAGGCUCAUUCUGAAAUGCGCCAACCAAGAUCUAGGAAAAGAAAGGGUUCUGUAUCUCCUGCUAAAAACACUGACUCUGCCAUAGAUGGAAUAAAGAAAAAAAGGAGGAAUGCUCGUAAACGGGCAAAAAUAAAAAGGAUUGCCUGUGAGUCAUCUGUUAUGCCAAACAGUGAUAGUGCUUCUUCCAGUACUCACAAAUCACCGUAUAUUCAAGAAAACCGAAUCGGAGAUGACCCCAUUACACAGAUUACUAGAACUGUAUCUAAUUUUGCAGAAGAAACACCAAGUUCUGUUACGAGGAAUGGAAAUGAUCAGAGUGCCAGCAGAAAUUGGCAGUUAACACCACUUGAGGAUGUACCAUUAAACAGAAGUCUUACUCCUUUAAGUGGUAUUACAAGAACGGUGUUAAAUGCAAAUGCAGAGAGAACACAUAGUCAUAAAGCUGGUGAGAGAAAUCAUAGGCUCCGCAGCUUCCGAGAGGAAGAGGAGGAAGAAGAGAAAAUGCUGGAGGAGGAGGAAGAGGAGGAGGAGGAGGAGGAGGAGGAGGGUAGUGGUAGUGAUGGUGAUCGUGACAUUCAUGAUAAUGAUGAAGAAAGAGAGGAAGGAGAAAGCAGCAUUCACAACAAUGACCAACGAGAGAAGGCCGUUGAGACAAGAAGUGUUGAACAUGAAGUCGAUAUAAACACGGACCAACAGUCAGCAGAUGAAUGUAUUGGUAAUAUUGAAUGCACCAAAGACGCUAAAAGUAAACAUGCUGAUGAAAAAGAAGCACAGCAGCAAACCGAUUUACCUGAAUAUAACUCUGAUGUUCCGGUAGGCAGGUCGCUUCUAAAGUGGACUCUGGGGCUGAGAUGUAGAAUGUGUCAUAAAUUUUUCCUGGAGUAUGAACAAGCAGAACAACAUUGCCAGACUCUUGAACAUUAUAACAAUUAUGUGAAAAGACUCAGUGAGCUGCAAUGUGCAUUAAAUAUUGAUCCAAUGGAUGGACCAAAGGCUCUGGAGCUUGAUAGAUUAUUAGAAGAUGAACCUCCAUCAAAUAUACCACCAGAAAGUUCCUAUCUCAGUGAGUUGUGUAGUGGUCUUAUGUGAAAUAAAGUGAUAUAAUUGUGAAUAAAGUAAAGUCAAAUUUAAAAAGGAAAGAGAAUUCAAUUUGUCUGAACAAAACUAAACAUUUAUGUGACUCAGUGAAACUUCUGAGGCUGUCUGAUUACAUGCAUGGUUUGUAUUUCUAGAGUGUUGUUAGUUGAUUUCAGCCCAGAACAUAACAAACUGUGUUGCAUAAGUGAUUGAUUUGCUCACAGUUCAUUAAUGUUGCUGGAAACAGAUUUCAGUGGGUGGCAUAUCUAGAAAACUUUACUCUUUUUGGCAAAAAGUGGAAAGUCAGUAUAAGAAAUUUGCAUUGUCUGAAAUAGAUAUUUUUCACCAUGGGUAUCUAGUAUGUGCAAUGUAUCUAGAAUGUGCAAUGAACGCUUCAGAUAUAAUAUUCAAGAAUUCUGUGAACAGUUUUCCUCACAAAUAUUAGCCAACAAAUAUUUUCACUUCUUUGCAUUGUACACAAAUUGUCUGUUACUCAAAGGAUAAAAAAUUUUGCAUCACAUUUUGAACCUUCACAAAUAACAAAUCUUCACUAGAAAACUGUUGAUUUCAGUAUGUAUUACAGAUCAUUGAGAUAUUUGACAAAUUAUUUCACCUCCC